GGAGCCAAAAAAAAAAGUUACUGCUGUUGGCCAGAGCCCUGGCUAGUCCAUGGCUUGUGGGGUAAUCAGGCCCCUGGAGGGUCCAGAGUGCUGGGAAGAAUGGUCUAUCGAUCCGGUGCAGGGGAGAUGGAGAGACGGUCGUCGGGACCAAGGCUGCUGCCGCUACUGCUGCCGGAGUGAGAGGGAGAGAGCGGCAAGACUUCUCGACUCUGCCUCCGCCGCUGGAGCACAACGACGGCGCUUGCUCGCUCGCUCGCUCGGCGGGGCGAGCGAUUGCUGCUGCUGCUGCUGCCCACCGCCGCCGGCCGCGACCUGGGGCUCCGUGUCUCUAUUCCGUGCGUCUGCCGCACGUGGACUAGCCAAACUUCGUCACCGCGAUGUCUUCUAUCAUCAACAGCGCCAUUCGUUGUACACUGGUAAACUGCAGCUGCGAGUGCUUCCAGCCGGGCAAGAUUCACAUCAGAACGUGUGACCAGUGCAAGCAUGGCUGGGUGGCCCACGCGCUGGACAAGUUGAGCACGCAGCACCUCUACCACCCGACGCAGGUGGAGAUCGUGCAGUCCAACGUGGUGUUCGACAUCAGCAGCCUCAUGCUGUACGGCACGCAGGCCGUGCCCAUACGCCUCAAGAUCCUCCUCGACCGCCUCUUCAGCGUGCUCAAGCAGGAGGAGGUGCUGCAAAUCCUGCACGGCCUGGACUGGACGCUGCGUGACUACGUCCGGGGAUACAUACUCCAGGAUGUGAGUGGGAAGGUGCUCGACCGUUGGACAAUCAUGAGCAGAGAGGAGGAGAUCAUCACCCUGCAGCAGUUCCUGAGGUUUGGCGAGACCAAGUCGAUCGUGGAGCUGAUGGCCAUCCAGGAGAAGGAGCUCCUGGCCGUACCGGUGCAGAGCAGCAAGGCGGACUCGGACAUCCGCUCGUUCAUCGAGGGCAGCAGUCGCUCCCGCAGCCCCGGCAUGACGCCGCACCUGGAGAGCCCCGGUGCGCCCGGUUCCACCAACAGCGUCCACCACUUCGAGAACAUCCCCAACAGCCUUGCCUUCCUGCUCCCAUUCCAGUUCAUCAAUCCCGUGGCCGCCCCGCUCAUCGGCCUCCCGCCUAACGGCCUCCUGCUGGACCAGGCCGCGCUGAGGCUGCGCGAGCCCCCCAUGCCACUGCCCGAGAGGCACACGGAGAGCGGCCAGGCCGAGGGCAGCAGGGUGUCGGUGCUGCGCGCCGAGCAGAACUCUGGACACAGAGGCGACCAGGCGUCGCUGAUCAGAGCCGAGCAGGCGACAGCGCUCAGACCCGAGCAGGUGUCCGUUCUCAGGCCCGACCAGGCGUCCGUACUCAGGGGGAUAGAGCCGCCCGGCGUCCUCACGAGCGAUCAUUCGUCGGUGCUGAGGGCCGAGCAGCCGUCUGUGCUGAGAGGCGACCACCUGCCCAUCAUCAGAGGGGACCACACGCCCAGCCGGAACGCGCUGUCCAGCAUCACGAACGUAGACACAAAGCCUGAAACACCGCCGCGGCUCAUUCCCGUGCAAGCCGCCUCGCAAAUGGGCAACAUCAUUAAGACAGAGACCCCCAAGAGCAUAUUUUUCUCGGCAAAAAUGAGACAUUUGCGAAAGAGCAUGGCCCCGUCAAAAAAGGGACGAGUGUUUUGCAACGCGUGCGGCAAAACGUUUUACGACAAGGGCACGCUCAAAAUCCACUACAAUGCCGUCCAUCUCAAGAUAAAGCACAAGUGCACCAUCGAAGGUUGCAACAUGGUCUUCAGCUCCCUGAGAAGCCGCAAUCGGCACAGCGCGAACCCCAACCCGCGGCUGCACAUGCCGAUGCUCCGGAACAACCGCGACCGCGACCUCAUCCGGAGCGUGAGCAACCCUUCGACGCCGCCCUCGAUGGGGACUCCCAAGUCUGAGUCCAGCUUUUCUACCCCCAAUCGCCUCUCCCUGACCUUUCCGAGUGGAGGCCUCGAUGCCGGCAUGCACGGUCCUCUCGUCUUCCCCACCAUUAAAACGGUGCAGCCCGUGCCGCCUUUCUUCCGGAGCCUCAUCACACCGGGCGAACUGGCCAACACCCCGUGUCACAUCCCCUCCUCCAUCUCCGUGUCGUCUUCCAUCCCCGAGCAGCCGUCUCCUCGGGAGCUUCCGAUGGAGCCCGUCUCGAAGAAGAAGCCGCGGAAGUCGAGCAUGCCCGUGAAGAUAGAAAAAGAUGCUAUGGAGAUCUCCGACGAAGAGUUUGACAUCGAAGACGACGAGAGUGACGAAAACAGGUCGGUCAGCAGCGACGUGAACAGCGCCAAAACGGACGACGACAACAACAAGAGCGAGGACGAGCGUUACGGGGACAUGCGCGAGGUGGCGGACGCGAAGUACGGGGACGACGCGGACGCUCGCACCGAAACGAACGGCGUGGAGAGGGGCAACGGCCUGGCGCACGACAACAACAACAGAAGCAGCGCGGAGCUCGCGAGAGAAAUCUUCCCGGAGCUCUCGGACCGAGACGUGGUCAACGCCAGGGAAGAAUGCGAGGACGACAGCUCGCAGGAGGACCGCAUGGACGAGGAGAGCCACGAUGAGGGCAGCCAGAGCGACGACGAGGGGAGGCAGUCCCUGCAGUCGGAGCCGGCGUUCGUCAAGGAGGAGCACCCGGACUGUAGCUACGAGCCGUACUACGCCUUCGGGCCGUACGGCUUCUUCAACAGCAGCUUCGUAGCGGCAGCCAUGCGCAGAGAUCUGAGCUGCCCCCCGUACGAGAAGAACAUGACGGCCUUAGACUACAGCAUGACGGAGAGAUUCUCGGAGGACGGCGAUUGGCUCUCGAGCAAUGACCCCAAAGCGUGCAACGUGUGCAAAAAGAUUUUCAAGAACUCGUACAGCGUAAAACUCCACUACAAGAACGUCCACCUGAAGGAGAUGCACGUCUGCUCUGUGGAGGGCUGCAAUGCUGCCUUUCCUUCGCGACGCAGCAGGGACAGACACAGUGCCAACAUAAACCUGCAUCGCAAGCUGCUGACCAAAGGCCUGGACGACAUGUGUCUGGAGUCCAUGGUCAGCCCCGCGCUCACGAGAGACCUCAGGGGACAGGAGCUCCUGGCCAAGCUGUAUGGGAGCCCGCUGUCCACGCCGCCGCUGGAAGGCAGGCCUGACGGCCGUGAAGAAUCUGGCGAAGGCAGCCAGGACUCAGCCGAUGGCAGGGAUGAGCCACCGGCAGCGGCGCACUGCGUCGAGCAGAGCAAUGGUUGCAGUAAGCCCCCGACGGAUGACGGGCCUGGCUCGGUGCUGGACCUGAGCACUAAUCAGAGCGUGCGCUCAGGUGGCAGCGUGGGUUCCUCGCCUGGCUCGGACAUCGGCAGCGAGGAGGGGUUGAAUUUAGAUGACAGCGACGAGUACAGCGAAGGCGCAGAGGCCCUGGACAAGGCGUCGCCGCCGACGGGCGACAGGCUGACAAGAGGGGGUUUGGACAAUGGCGUAGCCAAUAGUGAGGGCGGCCUAACCCCGAGCAGGCCCCUAUCAGGAGGUCCCAUCAGCUGUAGCAUCUGCCACAAGUUGUACAGCAACAAGGGAACCUUGCGGGUGCACUACAAAACGGUUCACCUGCGCGAGAUGCAUCGCUGCAAGGUGCCUGGCUGCAACGUGAUGUUCUCAUCUGUCCGGAGCAGGAACCGCCAUAGCCAGAAUCCAAACCUGCACAGAAACUUACCACCUCUGAGUAUGGCCGAUUAAAAGCAAGGGACAGACAUUUCUAGCGACAUCGCUUUAACCAUUCCAAAAAUACACAGCCUUGCAACCUCAUUGCGGUUUUUUUUUACCGGACUCAAGACUCGUUUAAAAAAAAACAUUUCAUUGGCACCAGCUGUAACUUGUUUAUGUCUCUGUCGAAGGGACUGAUGUGGCGGCUUGCAUAUGUGAUCCACAUGUGGCUUCCUGUCACCCUGACCCCACCACACAAGGUCACAGCAUCGGGUCAUUAACAGGGAACAAAAGCCACCAGCUGUCUACUGAUGUUCCAACUUCUUCGAGCACCCAUACUCACAACCACAGUCACAACGUCCCGUCACCCCCAAGUAAAAAAAAAAAACAGACACUUCCUCCACGCAGCACCACUUAAUGUACACUUCUUGACUCCAUUCCGAAAAGGCUAUCCGUAAUGUGUUGGUACAGGGACAUUGAACUGAUAUGAAAAGUUUACAGAUGUUAACGCAAAUCUGUUGUGAGUAAUUUUUUUAACCGUGCUUUCUGUAAAAUAAAAUAAAAAAAUAAGCCUGUUGCAGACGCACAGGGGAGUGAGCCAGACAUCAGUCAGCAUGCAUAGCAGUGAAACUGCUAGCACUGCACAUUUGGGCACCACAUGUCUACUUGAAAACUAUAGAAUCCAUAAAUACACAGGAGUGGCCAAAGAGAAAAAUAAAAACUGAAGUUUCACUAUUUGAAUUUUCAAUAAUGUUAUUCCCACCAUCAUUAUAAUAUUUGUGGAUAAAUUGUUACAAUAACCUGUAUGUCUGCUGUUUUGGUACUUAUAGAGACCGUAAAUAUUAAGGCACUUACAAGUACAAUGACCUUACAUUUCGCAAUAUAAGCAGCCGUUGGCUCGGAUGCCACAUGGUGACUUGCUGUACAUUUGCCAACAAAACUUCAUGUCAUUGGGACAGAAUAUAUGGAGUCCUCUCCGAGUGGCUCACCAAAGCGAAUGUGGUUACCAGAAUUUGUCACUACAACUGACCACACUUGUGCCAUUCAGUCCACUGGACGUGUCUUGUUUUUAAUGGGAGAUCAUUUCUACAUCAAUGUUAGACAACUGGCCUUGUGUUACAUCAUGCCUACACACAAGUCACAUUAUAUAUUUUGUCCUGAUUACAUGGAAUGCUGUUGAGAAGUAUUCUGCUGUGAAAUAUAAGUUGUGGUGCCAGUAUUUAAUUUUUCUUUUUUACUUAUAAUUUUCUAUAUUACCCCGUUUUUGCACAUUGUGUAUAGUUUGUGUUCUUGCCUACAGCUGAUUGACUCAGCUCAUAACAAAGUGAUUCCUGCCUUUAAAAAUAGCUUAGUUGUAAGAUAACCACCGUACGACAAAUGUGUUGUAAUUUAUCAUACAGCAUCACACCGUUUGAAAUAGACAGUCAGUUUAAGG